AUGACCUUCAAGGUCAUCCUGGCACCCCGAGACGACCCAUCGUCCCUGCUCAAGAGCAUCAGGACUGUCUUCCAGGACGGAACUUUUGACAAAGAGCUGAGAAAACGAGGAAUCCAGGGUGUCAAAUCUGUCAUCCAGGAAGGGCCCAAAUAUGUCGGGCAAAUCGCCCAGCAGGCUCCAGUGGCCACUGAAAGUACUUGCGGCAAUGGUGCGAUCGAUCCGGGAGAAGCGUGUGACGACGGGAACUCCAAGGACGGGGACGGCUGCUCGGCGAGCUGCAAGAUCGAGACAGGGUUCUUCUGCCAGCAAGCGGCCGGCCAGCGCAGCUCCUGCAAGUCCAUCUGCGGCGACCUCAUCCUUGUGGGCUCAGAGCAGUGCGAGGACGGGAACAGCGUGGCUGGAGACGGCUGUUACAACUGCCAGGUGGAGCCCCACUGGCAGUGUACCAAGAUGUCAAAGUUGACAACCGCCAACGGACUUCCGUUCGGCAGGCUCCAGGUGGUCUUGUACCGCCGAGCCCUCCUGCGGCCUCUACCCGUCCGUCCCCUUUGGUCAGACGUCCCCGUCAAAUGA